AUGGGGAUGAUGGGGAUGAUGAUGGGGAUGAAGGGGGGUGAGGAGAUGAUGGAGAUGAUGGGGUUGAUGGGGGUGAUGGGGAUGAUGGGGGUGAUGGAGAUGAUGGAGAUGAUGGAGAUGAUAGAGAUGAUGGGGAUGAAGGGGGUAAUGGGGAUGAUGGAGAUGAUGGGGAUGACGGAGCAUGAAUGGGGAGAUGGGGAUGAUGUGGAUGAUGGAGAUUAUGGAGAUGAUGGGGAUGAUGGAGAUGAUGGAGAUGAUUGGGAUGAUGGGGGUGUAGGGAAGAUGGGGGUGAUGUGGAUGAUGGGGAUGAUGGAGGGGAUGAUGUGGAUGAUUGGGGUGAUGGGGAUGAUGGGGUUGAUGAUGAGGGGAAUGAUGUGUCUGAUGAGGAUGAUGGGUGUGAUGAGGAUGAUGGAGAUGAUGGAGAUGAUGGAGAUGAUUGGGAUGAUGGGGAUGAUGGGGGUGAUGGGGAUGAUGGAGAUGGUAACGGUAAUGGCAUAUUUGGAUGAUAGGGGUGAUGGGGAUGAAGAGGGUGAUGGGGAUGAAGGGGGUGAUGGAGAUGAUGGAAAUGAUUGGUGUGAUGGGGAUGAUGGAGAUGAUGGGGAUGAAGGGGGUGAUGGGGAUGAUGGGGAUGAUGGGGGUGAUGGGGAUGAUGGGGGUGAUGUGGAUGUUGGGGGUGAUGGGGAUAAAGCGUGUGAUGGGGAUGAUGUGGAUGAUGUGGAUGAUGGGGUUGAUGAUGAGGGGAAUGAUGUGUCUGAUGAGGAUGAUGGGUGUGAUGGGGAUGAUGGAGAUGAUGGAGAUGAUGGGGUGAUGGGGAUGAUGGGGAUGAUGUGGAUGAUGGAGAUGAUGGAGAUGAUGGAGAUGAUUGAGAUGAUGGGGAUGAUGGGGGUGAUGGGGAUGAUGGAGAUGAUGGAGAUGGUGACGGUGAUGGCAUAUUUGUUAUAUUUGGAUGGCACAUUUGGCAUAUAA